UAAAUAGUGACAGUGAGUGUGACUCUGAGCCGGUAUCAAUGGACUUGAUGGAAGAGAUGAGGGGCAAUGAAUAUGUCUUCACAGAAAACACCCAUGCUGCCCAGAUGUUAGAUGGCCUAAACGAUCUUAGAAAAAAAGGGCAACUCUGCGAUAUUGUCAUUGCUGUGGAUGGACUUAGAUUUCCUGUACAUAAAACUGUACUCUGUGCAUUUAGCCCAUAUUUCAAGGGUAUGUUUUUAAAUAAACUUGCUGAAUCUAGACAGAACCUUGUUACACUCCAUGAUGUUGACCCAGAGAUGAUCAGCUUAUUGUUGGAUUAUGCUUAUACUUCAUCUGUUACCAUUACGAAAAAUAAUGUGCAAGCAUUAUUAUCUGCUGCGAAUCUUCUUCAAGUGUUACCUGUUAAGGAUGCGGCAUGUAGAUUUUUACGUGUACACAUGGAUGCUACAAACUGCCUUGGCAUUCACUGCUUCGCAGAAGUUCACGCUUGUACAGAACUUCAAAACCUGUCUCUUGAAUAUGCUCUUGAGAACUUUUGGGAUGUUUAUCAUGGGGAAGAGUUUCUUAACCUUCCUGUAGAUAAAUUAAUUGAACUAACAACAAGUGAUGCACUCCAAGUAGAGAAAGAAGAGAUUGUAUUUAAAGCUGUAUCCCGAUGGUAUCUACAUUUUCCAGAUGAAAGGGAACCUCUUUUUCCAAAGGUGCUGGAGACUGUUCGACUUGGUUUGAUUAACCCUUACUUCCUGGUAGAUCGAGUGCAGUCCCUGCCUGUAGUCAAGGAAAGCCCGUCAUGUAUGCAGCUAGUCGAGGAAGGCAAGCUCUACCAUUUAUUGCCAGAUCGUAGGGCAGAACUUCCUUUCAAUAGAAGCAAACCGAGAACCUCUUCUCAUUACACACAGGUUAUUAUUGCUGUUGGUGGGGAAGAUGAUAAAGUGGUGCUACGGGCUGUAGAAUGUUUUACUCCCUCUACCAAAUCAUGGAAAUCUUUAGCAUGCUUGCCAUUUGCUAUAAGCAAGCACGGAAUAGUUGCAUGUGGAAAGAAUAACGUAUAUCUAGCUGGUGGAGAAUUUCCUGAUGGUGGUCCAUCAAGAAAUGUACUUCGGUAUGAAGCAGUGCUCGACACUUGGCAAGAAGUGGAACCUAUGCUAGUACCCCGCUCUGAGCUUGGUUUGGGUGUUGUUGAUGGAGAAAUCUACGCUAUUGGAGGCUGGGAUGGAUCCGGUAGACUUGAUUCCUGUGAAAGAUAUGACCCCACAACAAAUACCUGGACUUUGAUUAGUCCUAUGAAGACAGCCCUAACUUCUCCAGCAGUUGCCACCCAAGGCUGCAACCUUUUUGUUACUGGAGGUGCUGUGUUGGAGGAUGGGGAUGGCAUUCACUUGGUACAGAAAUAUUCUCCACUCACAGACUCAUGGACUGAAAUGCCAUCCAUGAGAAUACCACGAAGUGGCGCUGCUGCCUGUUCCCUUGGUGAUUAUAUCUAUGUUGUUGGUGGUUGGCAUGCAUCAACUGAGAAUACAAAUCGUUGUGAAAGGUACAAUACCCAUACGAAUACUUGGGAGCUGAGAGCAUCAAUGCUUGAAAAGAGAUAUAGGCCUGGUAUUGCUGUGAUUGGUGGGAUGGUAUAUGUGCUUGGAGGUGAGGAAGGAUGGGAUAAGUAUCACCAAUCAAUAGAAGCCUAUGAUCCUGUAGAAGACAAAUGGGUUUUCGCUGGAGAACUACCAACACCAAGAUCCUCACUUUCUUGUCUAUCUAUGCAGAUUAACAAGUCUAUGUGCAGAGACAAAUCUUGA